AUGAGGUGGCAUAACUUAGGAAAGAGGACACUCUUUAGUAAUUGCACAAUUACUAAUUGUGUAUCCUAAGUACUGGAUACAUCAGUGAUAGUUACUGGUCCACCUUCUUCCCUAGCACAUAAUUACUGCAGAUUCGCAUCACAAAUUCACAGCUGCAUUCCUGAAGGAAAACCCAGUCUUUACCUGCUAAGAAAAGGCAGAAAGCUCAUUUCUUGAAGGAAAAGAACAAUGGACCUGAUCCUGAAGUUUUCCAUAGAAACCUGGGUACUGCUGGCUACCAUCCUGGUGCUGUUCUACCUUUAUGGGACCCAUUCUCAUGGACUUUUUAAGAAGCUAGGUAUUCCUGGCCCCAAACCUCUGCCUUUGAUUGGGACGCUACUUGCGUACAGGAAGGGAAUAUCAAACUAUGAUGCAGAAUGCCGAAAAAAGUAUGGGGCAAUAUGGGGGCUGUAUGAGGGGACACAACCUGUCCUGAUGAUUACAGAGCCAGACAUGAUCAGGAAGGUGUUUGUGAAGGAAUUUCAUUCUGUCUUCACAAAUCGGCUGCCUCUUGGUCCAGGUGGACUUAUGAGGAAAGCUCUCUUUAGAUCUGUGAAUGAAGAAUGGAAGAGAAUUCGAACAUUCCUGACUCCAGUUUUCACCAGUGGAAGACUGAAGGAGAUGUUCUCCAUCAUCCAAAAGUAUGGAGACGUGCUGGUGAAAAACCUGAGUCUCGAGGUUGAGAAAGGCAAGCCCGUCGCCGUCAAAGACAUCUUUGGGGCCUACAGCAUGGAUGUGAUCAUAGGCACCUCAUUCGGGGUGAAUGUGGAUUCCCUCAACAACCCUCAUGACCCCUUUGUGAAAAUCUCCAAGAAGCUUUUAACAUUUAACAUUUUCACACCAUUAAUUUUCUUUGGAGUACUCUUUCCAUUCCUUAACCGAAUAUAUGAGAAACUCAACAUCUGCAUUUUUCCAAGUGAUGCGAUAAUGUUUUUUAAAAAUUUUACAGAAAAAAGCAAGAAAAAUCGGCUUGAAAACAACCAAGAGCACCAAGUGGAUUUUCUUCAGCUGAUGCUGAACUCCCAAAAUCCCAAAUAUGUGGAGUCCCAUAAAGCUCUUUCUGAUCUGGAGAUUGUGGCCCAAUCAAUCUCAUUUAUUUUGGCUGGCUAUGAUACUACAAGCACUGCUCUUUCCUCUAUAAUGUAUACACUGGCCACUCACCCUGAUGCCCAGAUGAAACUCCAGCAUGAAAUUGACACAUUUCUGCCCAAUAAGGAACCCGCCACUUAUGGGGCCCUGAGAGGAAUGGAGUAUCUGGACAUGGUAGUGAAUGAAACUCUGAGAUUAUAUCCAGUUACUUUCAGAGUUUCCAGACUCAGCAAGAAAGAUGCCCAAAUCAAUGGUGUGCUCAUUCCCAAAAAUACCAGUAUAACUGUACCUGUCUUUGCUCUUCACCGCGAUCCAGAGCACUGGACAGAUCCUGAGGACUUCCUCCCUGAAAGGUUCAGCAAGGAGAAUAAAGAUAGAAUCAAUCCUUAUGUAUUCAUGCCUUUUGGAAUUGGUCCUAGAAACUGCAUUGGCAUGAGAUUUGCUCUCCUAAACAUGAAGCUUGCUGUUGUCAAAAUCCUGCAGAACUUUUGCAUACACACUUGUGAAGAAACAGAGGUUCCCUUGAAACUGAGUAAUAACAUACUUGUUUCUCCAAAGAAACCUAUUGUCCUGAAGAUUUUACCAAGAGAUGGGGCCAUAAAUGAAAGCUAAUUUUAUCUCAAGUUCUGUUAUGUUCUUCAAAGGGUGCAUCCUAAAUACCUGAGAUUUUAACUCACUCUGGAACAAAUAUGACUGCAUAAAUAUGACUUUAAUCAACCAUGUUUCAUUAAUUGAUUCAUUAAUUGAUUAUUCAUAAUCUUUAAUUAUUUUCAUUGUGGUGUUAGUCUUUAUUAUUGUGUAUGAAAUGAAAAUGAUUGUUCAACAAUGCAUGUGUUCGCUCAUAUCAAAAGCUGCCCAAUUUCCUAGAGAUAGCACAAUAUGUUUCAUUUCAAUACUGAUAAAGUUUCUUCAUUAAUAUUGUCAAUGAUGUUUCUAUUAUAGAAUCUUUAUUUUUUUCAUUUAUGGAUGAGCAUUCUAUUGACAAUUAUUCUCUGCACUUUGGCCCGUUGUGAAUUUCUGUGUUAACCCAUUACCACUUCAUUAAAAAUUUCUUUCAUUA